AGAAAGAAGAAGAAAAGAACGGAGAGAGAAGAAAGAAGAAAUUGUAUUUCAGAAUUACACUUUGCUUGAUUAACCCGUGUACAACUCCUUGGUCUCUUAUAAACCACACCUCACAAUUACACCUCACAGCUGUCACCAACUCACUGGUCUGCAACUAACUCUAACUGCCCUUGCACAGUCACUAACCACUGACACUAACCAAACCGUAUACCCUACAACACUCAACAAUGAUAUGCAAGCCUCAUAUCUACACUUACGCACUCAGGCACUAGGCACUAGGCACUUGUACUACACUAUCCAGCUACUACCUUACAACCAUCCUAUAACCCAACAUACAAACCAGCUACUGCCAUACAACCAUUCUAUAACCCAACAUACAAACCCGACGAACACCCUUGCUAAAUAAACUCACUAUGGCAAUAAUUUUGUUAGUUGGCCGGAUUUAGAACUCGAGUUUCUAAAGCUCGAGUUCGUUAUUUUGAUUAUUCCUUACGUGGACAAAAAUGCCACGUGGAGCCACGGCAAAUCAAGUCUAUAAGACUCGAUUUUUGGCCACCACGAAAACAAAAAUCAGAAGCACUUUCAAACGGCACAUUUGAAAGUGACAGGAACUCUUUCAACCUCACUCACUCAAACUCACUCUCAAACUCCUCAAACUCCGCCCUCUCUCACUCACUCACUCACUCUCACUCUCAAACUCACUCACUCACUCUCAAGCCGUUCGUAGCCUGCCAUUCGUUGCCCGCCGUUUGUAGCGCACCGUUCGUAGCUCGCCGGUUGUAGCCCACUGUUCGUAGCACACCGUUCGUAGCCCAUUGUUCGUACUCUCUCUUUUCAGGACCCGGGCCCACUUGUGUGCUGUGGUCGCACUAAGGAGAUGGCAAAUGUUCAAAUGCAAGAUAAUCGGGUGAUUGACAUUAUCAAAUUGCUAAGGUUGGAAGGAUUGUUUAGAGCCCCUUCCAGAGAGAUAGAUCAUUGCCUAAUAUUGGCCCUAGUUGAGCGAUGGCAGCCGGAGACUCAUACGUUCCAUCUUCCACAUGGUGAGAUGUCAAUCACCCUACAAGAUGUGGAGGUGAUUUUCAGACUUCCUAUAGACGGUGAGGUCUUGGUUGGGCCGAUUGCUGUGGAGAAUGGGGAGUGGAGUCAAGUGUGUAGGGAGUUGCUUGGUUUUACUCCGUCGAAUGACAAUAAAACUUUGGUGGGCCAAAGAAUUCUCAUCAUCCGACUUGUUGAGGCCAUUGCAGCGCCACUGUCUCAUGACGCAACGGAGAUUCAGAUAUAUCAGUAUGCCUGGUGCUAUAUUUUAGCGCUAGUAGGGGAUAAACUUUUCAUGGACAAGUCAGGAGAUAGGGUGCAUCUGAUGUUCUUGGAGUUCAUGCGUAACCUUAGUGAUCCACGGCAGUAUAGUUGGGGUAGGGGUUACCUGGCCUGAUUGUACAGGGAGUUGUGUCGGGCAAGCGAGAAAAGUGCAUCGCAGAUUGGUGGGGCGUGCACCUUGGUCUAGUAUUGGGCAUGGGCAAGGUUGCCAUUCUUGUGCCCGAGGAUAGAGCUCCCACCUGGAUGUGAUUAUGGCCCAUGGCCAUAUGCUCCACUUGCAUUUAAGUGGGUGUGGGUGCGGGUGCCAAGCUCGAAGAGUAGGCCAUCCGGCACGGCCUUGGUCCACUAUCGCGAGCAAUUAGUGACAAUGCAGCCAGAUCAGAUUGUGUGGCAGCCAUACGAGGCAGACUUCGGUCACCUUCCUGAAUUCUGUGUUGCAGGGAGGGAUACGUGGACAGCAAGGGUGCUGCUUGUGUGUUUUUGCAUAGUAGAGAGACACCACCCGGAUCAUGUUCUUCGACAGUUUGGGUUGGCGCAGCAGCAGCCUGACGAUGUUGUCUAUGAUGAUAGACUGCAUAAAAUAGACUUACGUGGGAAGGUGGAAAGGAAUUGGAGGGAGGAGCAUGGACUGUAUAUCAUUUCAUGGGAAAUGAGGCGACAACAAGUUUGUCAUGCACCUCCUCAGAUUGGUGAGAUGCCCCGCGAUCAUGCCUAUUACGUCUGGUACCGUCUGGUCACUCGAAAGUAUGUCAACCGCAACAAUGCUAAAUUAGAUAUAAUGAUUCAAAGCCAUUUAGCGUUGUUGGCGAUGCUUCCUGAAGGCAGCGAAGCUCACAACCAUGUCCGGCGUGUCCUAAAUAAUGUGGCUGGCCUUGGUGGUGGUCCUGCAGCAAAUGGGCAGGCAAACAAUGGGCAUGAGACUAAACCAACAGCUACUGCAACCCCAAGCACAAGUGUAGCACCCGUAAGUACACGGACCCGUGCUCAGCGUGCUAUUGCAAGCCCAAGCACAAGCGCAGCUAGGGACUAUGGUCGGCCUGCUAUAGCAAUCCCAAACACAAGUGCAACCAGGGGCCGUGGUAUGCCUGCUACAGCAAGCCCAAGCACAAGUGCAGCCAUGGGCCGUGGUUGGCGUGCAACAACCCCUCGGGUUGUAACUAGUCCUGAGAUGCCUGCACCCAUCCCACACUCAUCUUCUCAACCUAAGGUCCCUCCACACAUUCCAAAUGCACCUCCUCAGCCCAAGGUCCCUUCACCCAGCCCACCUUCGCAGCCUGAUUUUGAUCUCAGUAUUGAUCAAAAUGUGACCCCUCCUAUACUCCUCGAGACACCCUCUUACCCACCUACCAGCUCUACUGCACCCAUUCCUGGCCUCUACAUAGAGCAUUAUUACCCACCUACCGCAUCCUCAUCUGACCCUCUGGGACCUCCGGUUGGGAUUAACUCUCUACAGCCACAUACUGAUGUAUCAGACGAGCACCCCCGUCAUCAGCCCUCACCCCCACGAGGUAGACCGCAACGCACUAGAAGAGCACCAACUUGUGGGACAGGUGGACACAAAAUAGGACACUGAGGCAGCUCUAUGCAUGAUGAUGAGCCUAAGGAUGAUGCCCCGCAGCCUCCUCCCCCGCCCAAACAUUACACAAGGGU